GUGUUACUUACCAGAAAAAAAGAAAAAAAAAAAAAAAAAAACUCUGUAUCCCUUUCUGAUUUUAAAGACCUUUGUUAUCUCCUCCACUACAACUCUAUUAGAACUCAUUAUCAGAAUAAUAUUCUGUUGUGUGUUCUGUUUUCAUUUCACAAAGCUACCUUUUUUGGUUUCUAUUUCUGUUAUAGUACAAAGCUCCCUUUCUUGGUUUCCCAUUAUAUUACAAUAUAAUUCUCUUUAUUCAACCCUGCUUGUGAAAAAAAAAAAAAAAAAAUUAUUUCCCUUUUGAUUUUGUCAAUUGUCAUCUAAGUGUUUCUUUCCUGUCUUCAUAUCCUCCGCAAAAUAGUAUUAUUCUCUUUGUUCUGUUUUGAUUUGCAAAGCUCAGUUUCCUCAUUUCCAUUUUGAUUGUAGUAGAAAUCCCUUUUUGUUGUGUUCUAGUCUUUUAGAUUUUAAGUUUCACUAUCCCCAGCAGAAAAAAGCGAGAGAAAUGGUCAUGAACUUUGUUCUUCCUGUAGUAAUGAAGAUUGGAGAAUAUCUGGUUGCCCCAGUUGGCCGCCAGUUUGGUUAUUUGAUUUUCUAUGACAGAAACAUUAAGAAUCUGGAGAAGCAGGUCCAAAAGCUGGAGGAUAAAAGAUUUGGAGUACAAAAAUCAGUUGAAGAAGCAGAGACAAAGAGAGAAACUACUGCACCAGAUGUCGAGCGGUGGUUGACAACGGUCAAUAAACUCAACGAAGAGGCUAAGAAAUUUCUUGAGGAUGAAGUGAACGCAAACAAAGGGUGUCUGAAUGGGCGGUGCCCAAAUUUGAAGUCACGCUACUCCUUGAGCAGAAAAGCUACAAAGAAAACUCAAAGUGUGGAAGAGCUACGUGGAGAAGGAGAUUUCUCUAGAGUGUCCUAUCCUACAGUUGCACCUUCUGUGGGGACAACAUUUGCAUUCACUGAAGGUUUUAAGGGGUUUGAAUCUAGAAGAUUGAUCAUGAAUGGAGUUAUGGAGGCACUGACAGAUGAUAGAAUCUAUGUGAUUGGGAUAUGUGGGAUGGGAGGCGUUGGUAAGACAACUAUGGUGAAAGAAGUUGCCAAGAAAGCAGAAGAAAAGAAGAUGUUUGAUAAAAUCGUGAUGGUAGUAGUGUCCCAAAACCCAGAUUUGCUUAAUAUUCAAGGUGAGAUAGCCAAAAUAUUGGGUUUAGACAAUUUUGGUGGAAACAAUUUGUUUGCCAGAGCAGGGGAGAUACGAUCAGAAAUAUUGAGCGUUGGAAGAGUACUUGUAAUAUUGGAUGAUGUUUGGAAGAGACUAGAAUUGAAUGACAUAGGAAUUCCAUUUGAAGAAAAACACAAGGGUUGCAAAAUUGUAAUGACUUCAAGAAGUGAAGACGUAUGCAAUGGCAUGGACACACAGAAGAAUUUUAAAGUUGGUGUCUUACAUGAAGAAGAAGCAUGGAAUCUCUUCCAAGAGAUGGCUGGAAUUUCUGACGAAGGUACAAGUCACCCAACUAAUUUACAGUUGACGCAGAUGGCAGUUGCAAAGGAAUGUGGAGGCUUGCCGAUUGCUAUUGUUACAGUCGGGAGGGCACUCAGAUGCAAAAACAAGUAUUCAUGGGAUUCUGCUCUUGAACAAUUACGAAAGUCUAUGGUCAAAAACAUCAGUGGGGUGGAUGAAAAAGUGUUUAAAUCUCUGGAGUUGAGUUAUGAUUCCCUUGAUAGUGAUGAAGUCAAGAAAUGCUUUCUCCUCUGUUCUUUAUAUCCGGAAGAUUUUGAUAUUCCAAUUGAAGAUCUCGUUAGAUAUGCGAUUGGGAUAGAGUUGUUUGAGCGCAUUGAUAGUGUACACCAAGCAAGAAACAGAGUACAUUCCCUAGUUGAUGACUUAAAAAAAUGCUAUCUAUUGAUGGAAAGUGAAAAUGAAGAGUGUAUCAAAAUGCAUGAUGUCGUACGCGACGUGGCUAUAUCAAUUGCAUCUAGGAAGGAGCAUUUGAUUGUCGUGAGAUGUGAUGAAGUAUUGAAAGAAUGGCCCAAGAAAGACCGACUCGAAAAAAACGCUAUUAUUUCAUUAAAAGUUGAUGGUAUGCAUGGGCUUCCUAGUAAUUUAGAAUUUCCAAAUCUCCAUCUUCUAAAGCUAGAUUGCAAUGCUGGAUUAUCACCAAUCUUAUUAGAGGAUCUCAACAAAGGAAUGGAGGAAGUCAAAGUACAAGAGACCCAAGAUAGUUUUUACCAAGGUAUGAAAGAACUUAAAGUGCUAGCUUUAUCCGAUAUGUACGGCUCAUUGACGACAUCACUUCGAUGCUUGACCAACCUCCGAACCUUGUCACUUUUUCGUUGCCGACUUACUGAUGGUGUCUCUGUUAUCGGAGCAUUACAGAAUCUGGAAAUUUUGAGGUUUGGCCGCUCUUAUAUCAAGGGAUUGCCAAAAGAAAUAAUAGGUAACCUUGCUCACUUGAAGGUACUUGAUUUGUUGGGAUGUGUAGUGGAAAGGAUUUACCCAGGGGUUUUGUCAAGCUUAUCAAAGCUAGAAGAGUUGUAUGUUGGGCAUAUCUUUCAACGUUGGUGUCCAGUUGAAGAAAGCAAAGAAUGUGCUAAAGCAAUUAUCGAUGAGCUGGCGUCCUUGUCCAAUUUGGUGGCUUUGGAUAUUGCUCUAAUAAACAUUUCCUUCUGGCCGAGAGGUUUGGUCAUUGAGAAGUUAAAAAAGUUUGAUAUAUGUGUUAGCGUGUUCUUUUGUCCCUAUUCCUUAUCAAAUCAGUUGACGCUUGCAGUUGAAAACAUGAGUGACAUUAUUGAAACGAGGCUUAAUUUUCUGUUGAAGAGCACUGAAAAUCUGACUUUAAACUCAAGUGUGAAAGGUUUGAAAAUUCUCUGUGAUUUGGUCGACGAAGAUGGUUUUGAUUGCUUAAUGAAGUUGACAGUAAGUGGCUUGGAUGAUUUGGAAUACCUCAUCAAUACAGCAGAUAGGGUUCCACAGAGUGCUUUCCCUGUGUUAGAGUUUCUAAAUCUUCAUGGUCUACAUAAUUUCAAAGGGAUUACUAGUCAUGAAUGCCGACUACCGAAAAGGGCUUUCAGUGCAUUGACGUCUGUACAAGUGCUGGGUUGUCCUAAACUGACAAUUUUGUGGAAGGGUCCCACCCAACUUGUAUGGCUCGGCAACCUGACGUUUGUAGAAGUGCGGAGUUGUGAUAUGCUAGAAAGUAUGUUCUCACUUUCCAUAGCUAGAGAUCUAGUGCAACUGCAGUACCUUAUGAUAGAUAAUUGUCCUAUGAUGGAAGAAAUUGUUUCGAGUGAAGGAGGAGAGCAUGAAAUAGCAGCAAUAGCAACAGAUAAAAUCGAGUUUCCUAAACUAAAGGAAUUGCUUCUUGAAGACCUGCCAAGUUUGACUGUUAUCUGCAAAGCUAUGAAUGCAAUUCAGCUGCCACGAUUGAGUUCCUUGAGUCUGGAGAAUAUGCCAAAACUGAAGCGUCUCUGGCCUGCUUCAGAUUCAGAGAGUAAUUGUGAUCCCAUCAUUCAACCCUUCUUCAACGACAAGGAUAAAUUGGCAACCAUUGAAGAAUUGACCAUCUCUAACAUGGAGAAUCUGAUGGAAAUUUGGCCCGGGGAACUUGAAGCUAAACUAAGAAAGAUGGAGGUUAAAUUGAGUAAUGGGCUCUCAAGUAUUCUUUUCCCAUCCAAUUCAAUUAAGGGCAUGCAAAAUCUUGAAGUACUUGAAGUGGAGGACUGUCGAUCUAUCGGAGUAGCCUUUGACCUUGAAGGACUUGUUUGGGAAGGCAUAUUAGAUAUGGCACUCCCUUCACUAACAAAGGUGAAACUAAGUUGUUUGUCAAAGUUGACACAUGUUUGGAAGGACAAUUCGCCGGGAAUUCAAGGCUUUCAGAAUCUAAGAUCCUUAAUAGUAAAUGAGUGUGACAGUUUGAGAAAUCUAUUCUCAUACUCUCUAGCCAAACUUUUUGUAAAACUACAAGAAAUGAAGGUAACUGAAUGUGUCAUGAUGGAGUCAAUUAUUAGAAAUGAACCAAAUGCAGAUGAUGCAGUGAUAACAAAUAUGAUCAUGUUCCCUCAACUUAGUAGUCUCAUACUCAGUGAUUUGCCAAACCUUAGUAGUUUUUGCUCUAAGGCUUGUACGUUUGAGGGAUCGUUGUUGAAAACAAUACAAGUAAUCAACUGUCCCAAAAUGAAGAUACUCCCAUCAGCAUUUCAGCGCAUGCUAGAGCAACAAAAGGCAGACUUUUCAACCUCGUCUCAACUCCAUCUCUUUGAUGGAAAGUUUAUUUUCAGAGACGAAAAGUUCACCGGCUUUGGACAACUUACCAUCACAGACAUAGAUGGAUCAAUAGAGAUGUCGCACAACCAACUUGCAGUUGACCGCCAUGACCUAGUGAGAUUCAUGUUGGUCCAAUUUUGCGGGAAAUUAUCAAAUGUGAUCUCGUCGAAUUUAAUGCAAAGACUACCAUAUCUACAACGGCUGAAGGUAUGGUGGUGUGAUUCACUGGAAACAAUAUUUGACCUCCAAGGGUCGGCACGCGCUGAUACUACUGGUGAGGAAGGAACAUCAAUCCUUUGCUUCAGAGAGUUCCUUUGCUUCAGAGAGUUGAAAUUGAUGUACUUGCCCAAGUUGACGCAUAUAUGGAAGAAUGUUUCCCAACAAACUCAUUGUUUCGAAAAUCUAGGAUCCCUAGAAGUGGAGAGGUGUGACAACCUGAGAUAUAUAUUCACAAUUUCCAUGGUCAAGGUCCUUGUGUGUCUAAAUUAUCUAAGAAUUGGAAAUUGCAAGAAAGUAGAAAAGAUUGUUACCAGAGAAGAAGAAGAAGAUGACGAUGACGACGAUGACGACGAUGACAACAACUUAAGCGUGGUACUUGAAAAUCUUCCGAGUGUCGUGUGUAUUGGAAUUCCAGAAUCCCAAAUGCGUAUCUCCAAAUUGCAUGUAGAUUUCUGCCCCAAAUAUCGAGGUAACUAAUUAUACUUCUACGGAAAUAUGCUUCUCUCAAGAAAGUAACUUCACUACCCUAUAUACCUGCCACGUCGACAUUUCCCAAAAUGCGAGUGGUUUAAGAAAGAAAAUUCUUUCCAACAUUUUCUUCAUCUAUUCAUCAUAAAAUAGUUGAUCCAAAAGUCACAACUAGUGAUAAUGAUUAAUUGU